AUGCCAGUCGAGUUCAACGUUGAUGUACCCUGGGAGGCGCUCAAGGAGCCAGAGCAUGGCCAUGGCGGGUACCAAGGUCUCAAUCCACACACUGAACUACUGUCAAAAGGCAGCUCUACCGCACCUGGACGACGCAUUCUGUCCUGUGAUAUCCUCGUCGAGCAUGAUGUUGCCAUUGCAGUGCGAGAUGGCUGCACCUUGUAUGCAGACAUAUAUCGACCUCAUACAGCUCCCGCAAAAGACAUCCCAGCCAUUCUGUGCUGGAGUCCCUUCGGCAAAAAAUUCAAUGGCAUCGACUCACUGAAACUCAUGACACCUUGGAAUCUGGGGAUCCCGGAGGGCACCUUGAGCGGCUUGGAAAAGUUCGAAGCGCCCGACCCCGCCGAGUACGUGGAGCAUGGAUACGCCAUUGUGAAUGCUGACUCCCGCGGCGCAUUUGACUCCGAGGGGCGCAUGGCAAUCAUGGGGACUCAAGAGGCGGAAGAUGGAUACGAUGUGAUUGAGUGGAUCGCAAAGCAGCCUUGGUGCAGUGGUAAUGUUGGCAUGGCCGGGAAUUCUCACCUGGCUAUUGUCCAAUGGUUUAUCGCAGCAUUGCAGCCACCGUCUCUGAAGGCCAUUGCACCCUGGGAGGGCUGCGGCGACUUGUAUCGGGAGCAGUUCGCGCGCGGGGGUAUCUAUGGUGGCGACCUCUUCGAUCAUCUUAUCACGAAGUAUAUGUUGCGAGGUCGGCAUGGCAUGGAGAGCUUCCGGAAGAUGUUUGAACAGCAACCAAAGGCAAACGACUGGUGGAACGACAAGCGAGCGGACAUGACCAAGAUUAAUAUCCCCACAUACAUCACUGGCACUUGGACCAACACCAUGCAUGGCAUGGGAGCGAUCCGAGGCUGGAUGGAAGUCACCUCGCCUAACAAAUGGCUCCGCUGGCAUCCCUACCAGGAGUGGUAUGAUAUUUGGGGCAACCAGGAGGCCCGAUCCGAGCUUGUUUCUUUCUUCGAUCGGUACUUGAAAGGCAUCGAAAAUGGCUGGGAGUCAACUCCGCGUGUCCGAAUGGCGAUCCUGCGGUACGGAGAGAAGGAACCUCUUGCGAAUAUUGUGGAAACGGACUUCCCGCCGUCGCGCACGCAAUAUCGAAAGGCAUACUUGACUGCGGAUGGAGGUCUGACACUGGAUCAGCCGACCCCAGCACCGGAAACAGCUGUAUCAUACAACUCACAAGACCCGGACGCUGGGGCGACGUUCAAGUAUACCUUCUCUAAGACCACGCGGGUUAUGGGAAUGCCCAAAGCAGUGUUGUACAUGCGCUGUGAGGACCUCGAUGACAUGGAUGUCUUCCUUGUGUUGGAGAAGCUUUCCGUUUCCGGAGAGAAACUGUUGAACUUCAACAUACCUUGGGAUAACCUCCCUGUGAAGACAAUUGCCAAUAUCCCAGAGGAGGAGCGCUCCGAGGUCAUCCUCUACCAGGGUCCUACUGGGAUUCUGCGCGCGUCAAAUCGUGAGAUUGAUGCUUCCCGAUCUAUGCAUCCAAACUGGCCCUUUUACACGCACGCCAAGGAAGAAAAGGUCCAGCCUGGAACGGUGGUGCGACUGGAGAUCGGAAUCUGGGGUAUGGGCGUGGAGUACGAGGCAGGAGAAUCUCUGCAGUUGAGGAUUAGCGGUCGGUACCAGGGGAUCUCCAAGUUUGGGACAGAUCACACCCUGAAUCGGGGAUUACACUGGGUGCAUCUCGGGGGUCAGUAUGAUAGCCAUCUUGUACUGCCGUUUGUUUGA